CGUACCCGUACGGACCGGUGCCGCACGCGAUACCGCCGCCCUCGCCGCAGAGAAGUCAGGAGAGCACAACGAUGAUGACGGCGCACCACUCGAGCAGCAGCUCCAGCGUGACGACCAGAGAGGAAGGGGAGAACCUGAUCGCCACGCACCAUCACUCUUCCAGCAUGCAUCAGGCGACGGCGUUGCACCACGACAAGCUGCUGACGAUCUCGUCGCACAGCUCGCACAGUCACUCGUCGUCCCACAGCUCGCACAACGCCCAACGGAAGCCGUCGCUGGUCCCGGCGACGUGCCUGACGUCGAGCAGCUCGGCGCACCACCAUCACAGGGCUCCGCAACCGCAGCCGCCGGUCGCUCCGGAGCCGAAGAUAGAGCCCGACUUGGUGGAGCAAGAGCAGGAGGAGACGCCCAGUCCGAGGGGUCCUUCGCCGGAGCCGAGAAUCGAGGACUCGGAGUGCCACAGGUCCCAGUCGGCCAUCUUCCUGCGGCACUGGAACAGGGGGGAGAACAACUCCUGCACCAGGACGGACUUGAUGUUCAAGCCGGUGCCGGACUCGAAGCUGGCCCGGAAACGGGAGGAGCGCUCGAGGAAGCAGGCCGAGAGGGAGCGGGAGGAGCGCGACAGAGCCGCGGCGCAGCAGGCCAGGAAGAUGACCACGCCGGAGAAGCAGCCGGCGGAGGUCUGCAAGCCGCCGAGCAGGGGCCCCCUCGAGCCGGUGGUCUCGCCGUACGACAGGUACGCGGCGGCGGCGGCGGCGGCGGCGGCGGCUCGGCCCGGCUCCUACGCGGACACUCCCGCGCUGCGGCAGCUGUCGGAGUACGCGAGACCGCACGCGGCCUUCUCGCCCGCCAGGCAUCCCGCGCCCUCCGACCCGAUGUUCGGCUACAUGUACCCCGCCGCGCGGGAGCGCCUCGAGCUCGAGCACCUCGAGCGCGAGAAGAGGGAGCGGGAGAUUCGGGAGCUGCGCGAACGGGAGCUGAACGACCGGCUGAAGGAGGAGCUGCUCAAGGGGACGCCCAGGCCCAUGCCGGCGCCGGUCGACCCGCACUGGCUGGAGAUUCAUCGUCGUUACGCCGCCGCCGGACUAGCGCCCGGGCCCUCGGCGCCUCCUCAAGCUAUACACCAGUUCGGGCUGUACGGCGCUCCGCCGGGCCCCAGUCAGCUGGAACGGGAACGCUUGGAGAGACUAGGUAACUCUUACGGCGCCUUUUCGCGUCCUUUCCCGUACCAGGACCACCCGAACCAAUACCCGAACAGUUACCCGCACCCGAACACUCGCCUCGCGCACACAGCGUUCCAG